CUUCCUUACUUCGAGAUGGCGGCCGGCGUUCUGCUUUGGGUUGUUGGUCCGAAAGAGAAUGCCGUCAGUUCCUCCGCUCUACUCGGUCUCAUACCCAGAGCCGGAACUGGCGGCGGCGUCGCUUCCCAGUUGGGAACUAGGCCCAGGGGCGCCGGCGCAGGCGCUACAAGCCAGAGGCCGAGAAUUGCGUCGUCGAUGAAUUCGAAUAGCGGGGUGUCUGCUGUGUACUCGAGCAGCGCCGCCGUUGCUGCGAGCCCGGCAAGAUCUUCGGAAGAGAAGGUCUACGAGGUGGUGCUAAAGCAGGCGGCGCUGGUGAAGGAGCUGCAGAGACGGUCGGCGGAGGAAGAGGCAGUAGCCGGAACGAUAUCGAAUUGGGAUCUUCUGAACGACGCUUACGAUAGGUGCGGCGUGGUCUGCGCCGAGUACGCCAAA